AUGUUCUGGUGUAUCUGCGGUAAUGUGGUUCUUCUUAAUCGUCGAGCAAAAAUCACUGACUUUGUGAAGAAGGCAUAUCGCGAUUACUUUGGAGUCAAACUAGAGGAUUCGCUCCCCACGUUUGCUUAUAAUUCUUUCUUUCUUUUUCUCUCUUUUUUGCAUAUUUUUUCCUUUCUCUUACUUCCCUCUUUUCUUUUUCUUUCUUUCUUUUUUCUUUCUCUUUCUUUUCCUUCUUUUUGUUUCUUUUUGUUUCUUUCUUUUUUCUUUUCCUUCUUUUUGUUUCUUUCUUUUUUCUUUCUCUUUCUUUUCCUUCUUUUUGUUUCUUUUUGUUUCUUUCUUUUUUCUUUCUCUUUCUUUUCCUUCUUUUUGUUCCUUUUUGUUUCUUUCUUUUUUCUUUCUCUUUCUUUUCCUUCUUUUUGUUUCUUUUUCUUUCUUUCUUUCUUUCUCUUUCUUUUCCUUCUUUUUGUUUCUUUUUCUUUCUUUCUUUCUUUCUCUUUCUUUUCCUUCUUUUUGUUUCUUUUUCUUUCUUUCUUUUUUCUUUCUCUUUCUUUUCCUUCUUUUUGUUUCUUUUUCUUUCUUUCUUUUUUCUUUCUCUUUCUUUUCCUUCUUUUUGUUUCUUUUUCUUUCUUUCUUUUUUCUUUCUCUUUCUUUUCCUUCUUUUUGUUUCUUUUUCUUUCUUUCUUUCUUUCUUUUUUCUACUUUUUUCUUUUCUGUCUCUUUUUUUUCUUUUUUUUCUCUUUCUUUCUUUCCCCAUUUUCUUUCUUUCUUUCUUUCUUUCUUUCUUUCUUUCUUUCUUUCUUUCUUCUUCUUGCUCUUUAUUCUUUCUUUCUUUUUUCUAUCUCUUUCCUUCUUUCCUUCUUUCUUUUUUCUUUUUCUUUUUUUUAA